AUGGGCGCCGGAAUUUCUGUCUUCGUCGGCAUCACUACAACAUUUUGGUUGAUCGUCGGAUGCGGUGGAAAGAAGAAAAAGGGCGGAGCAGCAAAGGUGAGAAAUAUUUCGAAAUACUCUCCUCCUCCGCCACCUCCAAACGUCGAAAGUAAGAUGAAGGCGCUGGAAGAGAAAGAGAAAAAGAGUGAAAAGAAGGAGGAAGCGAAAAAAGAAGAAGAGAAAAAAGAGAAAUCGAAGAAGAGCGAGAAAAAAGAAGAGAAAAGGAAGAUAAGAGAACGAAGAGGAGGAAAAGAAGGAAAUUAUAAGAAGGAGAAUCGAAGAGAGAAAGAAGAAGAAGAAGAGACGAAAAGAGCGGAAGAAGAAGAUGAUGAAAGAAAGAAGAAAGAAGGAGGAUCCGAAGCUGGAGAGCUGAAGCCUCACAGUAUUACGCAUAUAAGAUUUACUGUCGAUCCAAUUGGUGAUCUGGAAUUCCAGGCUGACAAGCAAGAACAGAAGAAAAUUACAAUCUCCAAUUCGCAUGAUAAGAAAAUUAUGUUCAAGCUCAAAACGUCUGACAAUAAUGUUUAUCUUGUCAACCCAGUAUUCGGAACAAUCGAACCGGGAAAGACGGCCGAAGUCCUGAUUACUCGAAACAAAGCACCAGCUAAGGAAGCGAAACUUGUUAUUGUAAAUAGUUUGUUCUCUGGAGACGAUAAAGACCUGGCGAAAUCAUUCAAAACGGCAAAGCCAACUGGUGGACAAGUCACUGUGAAGUUGUGUGCCAAAUAA